GGUUUCCUCCGGAUUCCUGCCGCAGAUACACAGGCGAGUGGCCGUGCUAAACUGUCAGCAGUGAGCAGGCUCGGUGGGUUCGCCGAUGUGAAGUGCAGGACUUUGGGCUGAGAGAGGCAGAUUCGCCCGCAAUCCCUGAUCGUGCCAAGAUGCUGGGCUUCCUCGGGCCGCUUUUCCUGCUGCUGCUGCUCAGCCCAGACUCCAGGCAGUUUGUGUCCCGCAGAGGCGCCUCCAGCUUCCUCUCUCGGAUCAAACGGGCUAACCACGUCUUUGAGGAGACCCGACAGGGACACUUGGAGCGAGAAUGUGUGGAGGAAUUCUGCAGCAGGGAAGAGGCCAGGGAAGUCUUUGAGAACGACCCAGAAACGAGUUACUUUUAUCCAAAGUACACCGAAUGCCUGAGAACGUUUGGACCCACCAGCAACAAAAAUCCAGAUCUUGUGACGUGCAUUCACAAUAUCCCAGAUCAGUGCUCCCCUCUGCCUUGCAAUCCUGUGGGUUACGACCGAUGUGAGGAUCAGAAGGGAACUUUCAAAUGCAUUUGUAAACCAGGCUGGGAGGGCAUUUCCUGUCAUGAAGAUAUUAUUGAGUGUGAAAUAAACAAUGGUGGCUGUGAGCACAUCUGCUCAAACACGGAGGGGAGUUAUGAGUGCCUGUGCAAGAAGGGAUUCACCGUGAGGCAGGACAAUCGACAUUGUGAAGACAUUGAUGAGUGCACAUUGGAUUCGGAGAUUUGUGGAUCAGCAGCUUGUGAAAACGUACUGGGCUCUUACAAGUGCACAUGUGAUCCUGGAUACAAAUACGACUUUUCGACAAAGUCUUGUGAAGAUGUAGAUGAAUGUGAAGAGGAUAUCUGUGCUGGAGAUUGUGUCAAUACCCGUGGUGGAUAUGCUUGUUUUUGCGAUGGAAAGCAAGACCUAAAGUUGGCACCAGACUUGCAGACUUGUACACUUAUUAUGCCAUGUGCUUCAUUGGACACUGGGAAAAAUGAAGGCUCCUUGUACCUGGGAAGAUUUUUCAGAGGGACUCCUGUGAUGCGUUUUAACUUCAAAAGAAAGCAGCAAACGAGCUUCUCUGUAGAAUUCGAUUUUCGAACAUUUGAUACGGAAGGUAUAAUAUUCCAAGCUGGACAUCAGCAAAACAGCACCUGGAUCAUGCUGGGACUGCAUAAUGGGAAGCUGCAAGUUCAAUACAGUAACAACAACAAAGCCACAGCUGGAGUCACCAAUGGAGGUCCACUCCUGAACAAUGGCCAUUGGCACACAAUUUCUGUUGAAGAGUCCAGGAACAGCUUGAUUGUGAAAGUUGCCCGAGAGGCAGUGAUGCAUAUUAACAUCCCCACAAGCCUGUUCCAGAAGACAAAAAGAUCAUUUCAAAUAGACAUUGCUGUUGGAGGCCUACUUAAUGACAGGCAGCUAGUCAAAACGAUUAAUCCCCGAUUGGAUGCCUGCAUGCGUGGAUGGAACUGGAUGAAUGGGGAAGACACCAUCACAAGUGAGACUAUCAAACACGAUGAAAGGUUGCAGUGUUUCUCUGAUGUUGAGAGAGGGUCCUAUUUUCCUGGAAAUGGCUUUGCCACCUUUGACAUCAAAUACGCGACAACACCGAGCAAUGACGAUGGGAGCUGGGCGAUAAAUGUGGACCUUUCAAUCCAACCCUCAUUGGACACUGGAGUCUUGUUUGCUCUUGUCAGUGGCGGCAACGUCUCACUUUCCCUGGCCAUUACCGAUUUGGAUGCAGGUACACAGGACAUCAUCCUAGUUAUCGAGAAUGUGAUUGUUUACAAACUAGAAGGACUGACGCUUUGUACCGGGGACAAAUGGCCCGUACAGCUCAUUGUAACAAGAAGCCGUAUCAUCCUAGAAUCUUCGGGAGUGGUUGGUGAGAGCCCAUUGGAAAGGUCAGAGCUGGCAGAACGUCUCUCCAAACUGGACCAGUAUAUGCAAGGCUCAGGACUGACCUACUUGGGUGGAGUUCCAGAUGUCCCAACAACAUCUAUCCCAGUGACAGCCUUCUACAGGGGCUGUAUGCAAGUUCGCAUCAAUAACCACUACAUAGAUAUGGAUGAAGCUCUUUACAAACACAAUGACAUAAGGUCACACUCAUGCCCUCCAAUGGAUGAGAGAGAUUAGCAAAAUGGUACUCAACCUCCAGUCUUCUUGCUACACCAAAGCUGUUUCCUGUUCAUUCUGAGAGCUGAUGUGACUGAUUCGCUUGUAGCCUUAACAGUGAAGGUUCUCUUCCUCUAUGCAGUGGGAGAAAGUGAAGGUUGUUCAGUAGCAAAGGCUCAUGAGACAUUGCCAACAAAAUGUGUGACGGGUUGCUUUGUAAUGACGACUGUGGCUAUAAUGCAAUUUUGCUAUCGCAAUUAGUUAUAAACCAGAUAAAAGCAACUCAGUGAAUUGGGAUUAGACAGGACCAGAUCAACCCUGGCAAUGAACAACAGGGUUUUUAGAUGCUUAUCCUAAUGUACCCAAUAAGCUGAUCACAGAACCAUGUACUAAUGCUUUUCAAAUGUGGCUUGUAUAAAAUACAUAAAGUACAUUAACUUUGUUACAGUCAAACUGUAUGUCUGUAGACACUGGCAUUUCAAAGUUUGGCCAUAUACUCCACACACUGAAGACAGCUAACCAAAAAAAAAGCCAUGAUACUUUGUUUCUAAGAUUCAGAUACUCGAAGUGCAAAGUUUAUAAAAUAGUCUUAUCUGCUUAA